ACCAAACCCAAAAAACCUAACUGUAACUCUAUAGUAAGUGCAUGUAUUUAAUUAAUAGUAGUCAGUACUUAUUUGAGUAAUUACAAUGUAACUACAGCAUUGUAAAAUAAAGUGUAACCCUAGUUUUUAUUGCUUUUCAUUUCUGUUUUAGUUAUUUAAUACUUCAGGUUGAACUAAAUGAAAAUGAGAAAUGUUGCCUUGGCAGCCAGCUGAAAUAAAGUUUACAUUUUUUAUAUUUUCAGUUAAUGUUUUUUUAUGGUUUUAGAUUUAGUUAACAAUAAUAACCCAGAAAUUAAAGGAAAAAAAAAAAAAAAGCAAAAUACUGUUUAAUAGCAGGUUCAUUUUUUCAAUUCACCUACAAUUGGCAGAUGUGGCACAAAAACAACAAAAAAAAAGAGUUAAUUUUGGACCUUAAUGUCAGUGCUGGAUUGAGUAAAAGCAGAAACCCAAACAUGCAAAAGCCCUUUGAUUUCUGUCACUAUCACUUGCUUUAGUACGGCAGCAGUAGUUGACAUGAAACCAACACCAGUCAUUGUAAUGCUGUAUAUUCUGCGCUGAUUAUGCUUUUAAUUAUAGAUCAAAUCAUUUAAAGGACUAGAAGGAAAUAACCAUUAUAGCAGAAACUGAAGAUUUAGAAAUGUGCAGCAACUCUUCUGAGUGUCAAUUUAAUGUGUUUUAUACAAUCAGUCUACAUGACUUUUAUAAACUACAUUUUAAAACUGAGAUUAUAUUAAUUAAAUAAACAUGAUCAUCAAACAGGUCUAGUUAAAGCAUCGUAUCAUGCAGCGUAUGUAUGCUGUAAACUAAGUGUAGAUAACCAAUGCCUACAAGUACAAUGUAGCAAUAAAUGGAUAAUGUUUAAGUGCCAAUGUCAAUACCAACUGUAUUUUUCCAUGCUGUGUUAUUUUUAAUGUAAUUUUUGUAUAGUUGUGUUUGAAGUACAAUAGAAAGUGUAUAUAUUAAUUUUCUUCCAUUUAUGUGAUUUUUGUAAUGUGAUGAAGUAAUUGUAUGUAUGUAUAUAUAUAUAGCUUUGGAUUUAAAUGGUCAUAACUUAAAGUCAGAGUUUGUAUUAUUACAUAGACCUUUCCAAUAGACAUUAUUGAUUGUUGAGUUUCAAUGCCUGUAUGUAGUAACUGUUGGUCGAAUGUUUUCAUAUCAGUUCCGAACACUUAUAUGCUUCUUACAGUCAAUGUGUUAAUGAAGAUUCUAGAACCCUUGCUCAACAGGGCCACCGACGGCAGUUUCACCAGAAUGUAUCAUGAGUCCUCAUAGGUGUGGGGCAUACCUGUAGAAAGUUAUAUCCUCCUAUUGUUAUGACCAUUUAAGUCCUGUAUGACAUGAUGGUUACUAAAUUAUUAUAGAAUUUGAACUUUUUAAGCAAUUAUAGAGAAAUGUAUUGUAACUUUUUUAGAAAUGAUCUAAAAUGAUUGUGCUGUAAGUUUUCUUUUUUCUAUGUGUUUGUUUCCGAGUUUGUCAGAUUGCAUAGCCUUGAAAGAAUACUUUAGCUUUAAGGGAACAUUUGUGCUAUUCUAUUUUUGAAAAGAAUCAUCGCUGUCCUGUCGCAUACCGUAUAUAGCCUAGAUGUAGAUAAACUACAUGUUUCUACAGAUUAAUAUAGUUCUGCUAUGUUUGUCAGAAAUUGCUUAUACCGUAUCAUUUUAUUGAGCAUGUUUUAUUGGGUUUAUGAUAAAUAUUGUACAUAUUGUAAAUAAGCUCUCAGGGUUGUUGCUGAAGUAGGUGUUUAGUUAAUAAUUUCCCAAAAUGUGACUAGUUAUUGCUUUCAUAUGACAAUGUUAAAGAACUGUUACAACACUCGUCUGUCUCACUGUCACUUUAUGCAUGCUUCUUGCAUUUGAAAUACUCAAAAUGGCCUCUUAUACCUUUUAUGUAACUUCUUUGUUUUAUCAUUUUGAUGCUGGAAACUGUCUGUGUUAGGUAGUUGGAAACAAAACAGGGAUUUCAACGGCAGAAUAAAUCUGAACUAGGUCAUUUGUUGCAGAUGAGAUAUAACAAGAAAAAUGUCAGGAGACUCAGAAUUAAGAUUCACUGAACAUUUAUUUAAAAUUUUAGUGAUUGGAGACCAUAAAGUUGGGAAAACCAGCUUUGUUAGACGAUAUGUGAGAAAUCAGUUCUACGAGGAGUUGAAAACGACUAUAGGUGUGGAUUUUUCUAUGAAGGUGAUGGAUUGGGACAGUCACACACGGGUGAGAUUGCAGCUUUGGGAUAUAGCAGGUCAAGAGCGUGUGAGGGGACUGAACCGAGUGUACUUCAAGGGAUCCAGCGGUGCAUUUGUUGUGUAUGACGUGACAAACGGGUCAACAUUGGAUGGAGCUCUGAACUGGAAACAUGAACUUGAUUGCCAAGUAAUGCUGAAAAAUGGCCGUCCAAUUCCUGCUGUUCUACUGGCCAACAAAUGUGAUGAGACUAAAGUGUGCCAGAGGAAUGCCUCUCUUCUGGAGAAAAUCUGCCAGGAGAAGGGUUUUAUUGGAUGGUUUCAGACAUCAGCGAAGGAGAAUAUCAAUUUGGAUGAAGCUGCUAAAUUUCUUGUGAAGCACAUUCUCCAGACCAAUGAGGAGUCAGUGAAAGAAGAAGAGCAGCACAUGCAGAUACACUUGAAACAGCAGACAAAGAUCAAUUCUGCCUGCUGCUGAUUUUACAAUCCAACUCUUGUAUAUCAUUCUUUCUGUACAGUAUAUCUUUGAAAUUUGUAUGUUUUAUGUAUUUUAUUUCAUUGUCAAUGAUUAAUACUUUUUAAACAAUUUUGGGGCCAUGACCAAGUACCAUGGUGAGUAUCUAAUAAAUACCCCUGUGGCAAUGUGUCUCAUUUCCACUGCUAAUCCACUACAUGCUCACUGGCUAUUACAUACAUGAGCAUGGAACUGAAAUCCUCUGUACACACUUCA